GGGAAAUCGCUGGCCUUCAUUGGUGCUCAGAGAAGCUACUGAAAACUGGUCCCAAACAAAGGUGUAGCAACAUCCCUAACAUUUCAUCGCCUGGAAAUUCAGUAGAUUUGUGGGCUGGAUGAUAGUUCCAGAUUUUGCCUUGGACAGGACCACUUUGAAAGCAGUUUGCUGUAAGGACUACUGAGACAACAUCUAUGAAGUGCUCUGAAAGUUUUGUGUAAUAUAAAUGCUGUUGAUACAAGCCUCCUCCGCUAACAUUUCCUGAGAACUCAUCCACUUGAAAAGCAUAAUCCCUGACACGGCUGAAACGCCAGCACUGUGGCUUUGAAUCAAGUUCUGCAGGGAACACAGAGAGAAAACUUGGGUCCUCUCACACCGAUGGACCAGAAGGCACUGAGCUUCUGUCUGGCUGGAGCAUGGGUGGCCCUCCUCACCCUGCAGGGCGUGUACAGCCUCGCACCGACUAGUCCUCCCAAGUUGCUGGCUGGCGGGAGUGGAUUGUCCCUGCUGGAAGACGCCACGCAAGAGCAGGGCUACUAUUUGCAACAGCUCUUUGGGCAGUAUGGCGAGAACGGCACCUUGUCCUUCGAGGGCCUGACCCGCCUGCUACUCAGCCUGGGCCUGGGGAAGGUGCAGGUGGUAGAGAUCGAGCACGAGGCCCUCGGCCAUGGCCACGUCUCCCAUCUGGACAUCCUGGAGGUCCAAGAGAACCAGCACUUGCACUCCCACUCGGUACUGGAGCACCUCAGCCACGCUGUCCUCAAGAGCAGGGCUCAAGCAGGGAGCACCUUGGCCACCAGGCUUGGAAUCCCUCCUUUGGGCCAUGCAACCCUGACACCUACACCUCCGGCACUCCAUGAGAUCAGGCCUGGCUUUGGGCAUGUACCAAUGAAAUCUGGAAAGGACAAAGAAGAACAUUUCAAGGAACAAUCAGGGCUGAAUCUUCUAGAGGGAGUCAUUGCCUUGGAUCACUCUGUCUACAAUCACCUGCACGAGGAUUGUCUCAAUGUGUCACAGCUACUGGUAAAUUUUGGCCUGACCUCCGUCUCCAAGAUCACGCCAGAGCAGUUCACCCUGCUGUGCCCAGCUUUGCUCUACCAGAUUGACAGCCGUGUCUGCAUUCAGCACUAUGAUGAAGUGACGUUUGGCGUGGUGGGGAGCUCACUCUGGACUGGCCUGGGCUGGGGUUUUUUGGCUAUCACCCUGACGAGUCUGCCCUCGGUGCUGGCCCUUGUCCUCGUCCCUCUCCUCAGCCGUGAGCUCUUCCAUCUCCUCCUUGCUUUUCUUGUGGCACUGGCUGUGGGGACGCUGUGUGGAGACGCAUUGCUGCAUCUCUGGCCGCACGCGCAGGCAAGCCCCCACGGACUCCUCGCACCAAAGCAUCACGCGGGAGUGGAAGACGCAGUCCUGAAAGGCUUGUGUGUGCUGGGAGGCAUCUACUUCCUGUUCCUCAUUGAGAACCUCAUGGGGACACUCAAGCAUGCUUCGGCAAAGAGGAAGUCCACGAGUGGCCCUUCUCCUGUGAAGAGGGAAGAGAGUAGCACAGUCAGCGUAAGGACCCCCUGUGUCGCUGAAUCUCAGAGCCUGACAGUGCCAGAAGGAGAAGCUGGGGAUCUCUACAGUGAAGUCCAGGACUGCUCCAUUCAGAUUCGCAGCUUGGAAGAGAGUGAGGCAAGCCCAGAGAGGCCGGCCGAAGAGCUGCAUCACCAUGGUCAUUCCCACGUUCUGGCUGGCACCGCCAGUGCUGGCAUAGCAGACAUCGCCUGGAUGGUUAUUCUUGGGGACGGGGUGCACAAUUUCACAGACGGACUGGCUAUAGGAGCUGCCUUCUCUGGCGGACUGUCCAGCGGUUUAAGCACGACAUUGGCUGUACUCUGUCAUGAACUGCCCCAUGAACUUGGAGACUGUGCCGUCCUGCUGCAGGCGGGCAUGCCUCUCCGGCGAGUGCUGCUCUUCAACCUGCUCUCAGCUUUCCUGGCUUACUGUGGUACUGCGCUGGGGACAUUCAUCAGUCAGAGCAGCUCAGAAGUCACCCCCUGGAUCUUUGCCAUCACAGCUGGCAUUUUUCUGUAUGUGGCACUGGUGGACAUGCUACCUGAAAUGCUGCAGAGGAGUUCUACCAGGGGCAAAAGAAGGUCUCUUGCACACUUUCUUCUCCAGAACCUGGGCUUCCUUAGUGGAGGAGCCCUCAUGCUUUGCAUCGCUCUCUUCGAAAGGCAGAUCAGUUUCCAUGUGGACGGGUAGCACUCUUUACCGUGGGACUCCUGAAUACGAGAGGCAAUGAAGGCCUGGCCCACUCCGCUGAACCACUCCCUUCCUAUAGGCCUUGGAGAGGCUGUGGAAUCCCGCCCCCCAUGUGCUCAUCUAAGGCAGCUGGGGAGAGACCUGAGCGAGCCCUGAAGAAACAGUGAUCCACUUCUCUGCCUUUUGCCCCAGUUUUCCUGCAUUUAUUGUGGCAGAACAGUGUGCCAAAUGGAGGGCAUCGCUGCCACGCUCAGCCUGGGUUGCUUCUGUAAAAGGAGAGCUGUCACUCUCAGUCGUGGGAAGCAGGAUAUUGAGAGCCGCUUCACAAAGUGGUUAAGCGCCUGAAAGCUGGCAAGGAGGUUGGUGGGAAGAAGCACUGCCUGCAUUCCUUGUGUACAGCUGGUUUGUUAAGUGGGAUGGGGAGAUUAUUUAAACGACUGUGAUUAUAUUCAGCAGUAAUUCUUGAUAUGAAGUGGAGGUCCCUCAUUGCACUUGAGUUAAAAAGAUGUUUCCAACAUAAUUAUUUUGCUGGGGUAUGUUUUGGGAUGUGUAUGUGGGGCAGACAUACAUGGCCAACUCCUGCAAGCUCUUGCUGUCAUGAGACAUUCCUUUACACCUAAUUGAGAAUCAAGUAGAGAGGCAGCAGGCUACCCAGAGCCUCCAAACUCACGGCCCUGAACUAGGAGGCUAAAAGCCCCUGGAUCCUACAAGAGCUGUUCUCACUGGUGCUCCAUGUCACUGCAGGUACGGACUGGAAGCAUGAUGUCCUCAACCCCCCCACCCCACC